AUGCACUUCAUCGAGAAAUUCCGGGAACUACGACUUGAUAUCGUCGGUAUUGUCGCUAUUCUAGGAGAAGGCAGUACAUCGCGCAAUGCACAAGCUUCAGCCUUAUCAUGGCACCACAUCCUACCUCGAAUUUAUCCUGCGCCGCAAUCGCUACUUAAGCACCAUCAGGACAAGCUGCUACCAGUCGAACCUGGUAUCGUCGUUGGUGCCAUGUCUGGCAGAAUUAGGACUGAGCUGAAUUUCUUCACUCGCCUAUUGCAUCCUGAUGAUCUACCAGAUUACUCCGUGCAGAUGUUGAAAGUGGACAGGAAAUCAAAUACAAAAGAGACAGCCACAAAGAACAUGGAGUCGUCCAAGAGUAGAAGAACACCUGCAAUGGCAGUAAAGAGGUUGGGGCAUUUAGCAGGACUCUCGAUCCUUGGGUUUUGCAUGUCCAUAACAAUACUAGUCCUCGCCCUCUGGCAGAACGAUGGUGCGGCUUUGGUGGCCGACGUUCUCCUAUCUCUGUGCUCGAGCUUCGUGGGACUUGCUUCAUGGUGCAAAUUAGACGUGACAGAGGAGAAACCCCACGAGGACCGGAAGGGUAUCGUACCGCUAGGCGAUGUGGUAAUAUUCUACCCUACCACUGGUGCAUUCCGUGUCAUUCGCUGCACGGACGAGGUAUCUAGAUUUUAUUUCCGGAUCGAGAAGUGUACACACUAUCUCGGCGAUAACAUAUACAGAGCAAUCGCCCUGUUCUCGUCCGCCAUGCUCAUGGCGGGCUUGAUCUCACUCAGUAACGCACAGCUGGUCUUGCAAGCAGCCUUUGCCGCUUCAUAUAUACUCCUCAAUGCACUAUAUUGGGCCUCUUCUGCUCUUAACCCUAGCACGCAUGUCUGGCAGCACGACUUCGAUGUCAAGGAACUGGGCUUCACAAGGAGAAUGAUUAAAGAUCAAAAUGGAAAGAUAGUGCCACAGACUUCAGAACUGUCCCCUGCCAGCACUCGAGGUAGAUUGACGGCACUGAAACAGGGCUUUGUGUUUCUUAGGUGUACACGUGCGGAAGAAGAAGAUGAUGACGACGACGGCGAAACUACCAUCAUGAAUCGUUCUUCCCAGCUGUAUUUCAACGGUAACUGGAAACCAGAUACACAACUUCUGCGUGUGCCAACGGCGGCAGUUGUUGCCCAGCCAGAAGCAUUAGGCUGGAAUUUCGCUGUCAACAUGAACGACAUUCUACUUGAGACAAUGUCUGCAGCCGUAGUGGGCGCCACUGAAGUGGUUCGGCAUGUCGGUAUUGACCCUGAACGAGGAGGAAACACAGCUAUGCCUGCCACGAAGAAACCAAACACGGGCAUGACUUCAGCAUUGUGGACAGUCAUAGCAUUGACUGGAGGCAGUCACUGGGCUCGCAGCACGAAUAUAGCCCCCAAUAAUGCAGUCUGGUAG